GAAAAGUCGGCCGACCGUGCAAGCGCGCGCGACGCUCCGCAGUCGGCACACCGCCCGGGCGGGCGCCACACGACCGGAGUCUGCGCACGCGACAGGCGACGCGAUAUAUAAAUUUCAGUGAAAUAAAAACGCGAUUCCGCCAACGAAACCAGUGAUACGCACGCGCAAGAUUCCGUGAAUCCUAUACGAGUAAAGUAAACGAGUCUCGAGUGCAGAGAACGACGACUGGCGGCGCACAACGAGAGAGCGAUAAGGGGCUCAGAAGACCCCUGCAACGAAACGAAUCGAGAUAGGCGCUGACCAAGUUCUCACUUGUCGGCCCCUCGACAUUAUAUAGUAAUCGCUCUGUCUGUCAGGCUAGCUCCUGCACCGCUCUUGAAAGUCGAAAACCCUCGAAAACAAACCCCCUCUCCGUGGCCACGACUGGGGGUUCCUUAGACUUAUAAAUAAAUAAUAUAUGCAUAUAUAAUUAAUCUGCAGAGCGGAUCUCUAACGUGACGUCACAAUUAAAAAUUGUGAUACAUUAUUAUAUUAACUUUAUUAAGCUCUGUUGUUUGUGUAUUUCGCAUUUUGUACAUUGCCUGUGUAAAAUAGGAUUUUUUUUUUAAAUUUAUAAUUUAUGUAAAUAAAAAUGUGUAACCAAAAUAAUAUCAACAUAUUGUAACUAUUAUACUAGUCAUUCAUCUAGUGUAUUUAUUUAAUAAUUAUUAUUUUUAUGCAUAAAUAUUCUAUUUAAAGGAUUGAAGAUAUAAAUAAUUUAUUUCUAACUUGUAAAGUUUAUGUAAAAAAAGAAAACUUACGUAGGGAUUGCCAAAGAAUAAAAGAAAUCUUAAACCGACGCGUUGAAUCGAAUUAAAUCAAAAAAAGAAUCGAUUGUUAAUAGCGGUUUUAUAAAAAUCGGCAAAAUGCAAACUCAAAUCGGGGUAGGGGAACUACAGAGGAGCUACAGGGUGCAGAACUUUUCCACACCCGGCGUCAUCAUGCGAGAGCGGAGCUUCAUUCGGCCACAGUCGCAUCACAAUAUGCAUCAUAACCAGUUUCCAAACAAUGGGAAACGGCGGAGUAUGAUUCUGACUAAUGCUAAAGGAAAACCGACGCUCGAAAUCUACAGACCUCCCGGUGUCCGCACAGACGGCGUGGCGCCGGCGGGCGGAGCGGGCAACGCUCCCACCACGCCAGGCUCGGCCAACAAGCUGAAUGUCCACGCGAAGGAGUUCACCAUGGCCAAGCCCGCUGACCUGAAUAAUAGGCCGGUGAUUGGCGUUGGGUACGCGAGCGUGGGGCUGCAACACUCGCGCUCGGCGGUGCUACAUGCGCAGGUGCCGCCGCACUACCGGCCCGUGAUGCCGCCGCAGGCGCUGCUCACCAGCGCCUCGAGCGGCAACGUGCCGCAUGCUGCGGUAGGACCACGCGUGCACUUCAAACUGCAACCACAACAGAUAAUAAAUGAAAAGAAGAAAUCGCCGCCUUCCUCUCUAACAAACGGCAAUGGCAAAAGCAUUAGACCACAGUCCUUUGGGCCGGGACUUAAAAGAUCCAAAUCCCUCACGUCAGCGGAUACACUUGCCAGUGGAAUGGCGGCCUUGGGCCUGGCCGCAGACGCUGGGGACUUGGGCAAUUUUCCGCCAGAGAUACAAGAGUGCAUUGACAAGGCACUGGAAGAUCCGAACGCAGUUUGCGCCCGCACGCUGAUGGACGCGGUGGGGCACCUGGUGUCUCGCGCGGUGGAGUCGCCGCGGUACGCGCUGCCCGCGGCGCGCCGCUGUAUCGCGGUGGUGGAGCGCGAGCAGACAGAGACCUUUCUCGAGUCGCUGCUCAACACGUGCCAGCAGUGGUACCACGACCGCGACAAGCUUCUAGGUACAAUAGUGGGCGGCGGAAGGCCACGGCUCAUGGCGUUCCUGUCGUUCCUGCUGGAGAUGUACUGUCAGUUGCGGCGGCGAGCCAUACAGCGCCGCGGGAACAGUGCGCCCGGCCACGUGCUGCUAGCUCUCAUCUGCAAGUGCUGCGAGGAUUGCAUCCGACAGCCGGUGCCUUCGCCCAGCGAUACGGAGAACCUCUUCUUCGUGCUCACGUACAUCGGCCGUGACCUCGAGACCCAGCUGCCCGGGGACCUGGAACGCCUGCUGUCCGCAGUGAGAGACGCCUUCAUCAACACAUCGGCAGCUCCUUCCAUACGCCGCACUCUGUUACAGCUGAUAGAGCUACACGCGUCGCGCUGGCAGCUACCCGGCUGUGCGGUGCUGUACUACUACCCCUCCUCCAAGUAGGCUUGAUUUAUAUUCAGGAGCAGACUUUACUAAGAGUUAUGGUAUCUUCAAUAAGUUUUAAUUAUUUGUUUGCUUCACAAAGAAAACAUGAAAUACUCGAGUCUCGCAAACGGAGACUCUUUAACGAGUAUCUAAACGCUAAAGCGUCAUUGUAAAAUGGAACUUAUUUCUAUAAAUUUAAAGCUCAAAUUAAUUCACAAUUCCUUGAGUGGAAUAAUUGUAAAAGGUAAAUUUGUAGUACAGAAUUUGCGACUCUAAAGCGAGUAUUAGUAGGUUUAUUUUGCUUUGACGAUAUAAUAUCUUGAAUGCUUUAUCAAUACGCAAUAGUGACUCCUCAUUUAGGAACGCGCAAAUUUUAUACUAAGGUUUAAUUAUCGUAUUGGUUUAUCGUAUUGGUACGAUAUGAAAGUGUGGAACAUUCUUCCAGCAAGGUUCAAGGGUACAAAGGCAUAUUAAAGAUGCACGGUGGUUAAAAAAAGGAGAACGGGUUAUGGCAUCCUCGAUAUGAAGCUUCUUAGCAUAGCGGUUUCAUAUUGUUCCGAAGCGUGACAGCCCUCGUAGACCAUUCAGCUAUGGUACCGGGACGUUACCUAACGUUGUUAGGUAUUUGGUUUUUCGUGCAAGAAAUUCUCAGUACCAGCCUUUUUGUAUGCAGUUAGACCAUGCUUAAAUCUUGGCCGGGAAAGAAAACUGCCUUAUAAAUGGACAUUUACCAUAGAAAUGUAAAAUAUUCUUUAGGCAUAGUCUGCUCUUGAAUAGUAACGAUUGAAUAGAUCAAUUGCAAUGAAUAUUAUCAUUAUAGUAUUGAAAAUGA